AUGCUAAGAACUCAUGUAACAAAAUGGAUAAUACAAGAGUUAAACAAUUAUAUAGUUAAGGAAAGGUAUUAUGCAAUAGUGAUGGGAGAUUUUAAUGCCAUAUUUAAUCCUAAAAUUGAUAGAAACAGUACCCAAGAAGUUGAAAGCAGAAUAGAUCAAAUAUGGGUAUCAGAUAACUUAGCAGAUCUAAUCUUUUGUGUAGAUAUUAUACCAUCAGAUUUGGAAAGUCACAGUGACUAUGCAUAUGCAAUAGCAGAAAUAGAAGACAUUAUUCUUAAAUAUACUAAAUCCAUAAUAUAUUCAGAUAAAAUUCUAAAUAAGAUAGAAUUUAACUUCAAGGGAACAUCUGAAAAAAAAUAG